CAAAAAAAAAAGAAGUUGCUGCUAAUAUAUUUUUCAAACAGUUAAAAAGCUUAAACAAUUAAAAACUUUAAAAAGAAAACAGUUAAAAUAAAAAAGCGUACAACUUAAAACAGAUAAAUAACAGAUAAGAUACGCAAAAACUAAGUUCGGAGUCAAGGAAGCACUAUCGAAUAUGGCGAAACAUCACCCAGAUCUUAUAUUUUGUCGGAAACAACCUGGUGUUGCCAUUGGAAGACUUUGUGAAAAAGACGAUGGUAAAUGCGUAAUAUGUGACUCAUAUGUGCGACCAUGUACUCUUGUACGCAUAUGUGAUGAGUGUAAUUAUGGUUCCUACCAAGGUCGCUGUGUAAUAUGUGGUGGCCCUGGAGUAUCAGAUGCAUACUAUUGCAAAGAAUGUACUAUGCAAGAAAAAGAUAGAGAUGGGUGCCCAAAGAUUGUAAAUUUGGGAAGUUCAAAAACAGAUUUAUUUUAUGAAAGAAAAAAGUAUGGUUUCAAAAAACGUUAGCGAAGUUUACUUUUCUUAUCAGUUUUUCUGAGCAAUAAAGUUUUAAAGAAAUUUUCAAAUGAAAUAUUCAACCUGAAAAAAGAACUUAUGAAAAUAGACAAUGAAUUGUGUUAAUUAGAAUAAGAAGUUGUUACUUCAUAUGAAUAUUACUUUUAUGAAAAAUCAUAUCUCAUGUUC